AUGGCUCCAUCCUCGAGCCAGAAGGGGACAGGGAAGAAGGGGGGCGCCAGCGCGAUCCGCCAACAGCAGCAGCAACAGCAGCAGCGGAGCCGCAACACCACCCCCGGCCCCGCGCCCCCAUCUGCCGGUCUUCCGCCCUUUGAAACUGUCGAGACCGAGACCAUUGAGCUACGCUUCGAUAUCUUCCGAAACUUGACCUUCGAAGAUAUGGUGGACACCCCCUCUUUGAACUCGCUGAUCCCGGAUUCCAAAAGCCUUGACGGCAUCAUCACCCGACUCCAGCGCCUUGGCGAUGCCAUCGAGAAAAGAGGCACCCAUUGCGAUCGCGGAAUGAGGUUGCUCGCCCAGACCCGCCGCCAACGGAUGGAUGAAUUGGCCUUGGAGCGCGGAAGGGAAGCCGAGCGACGACAACGCGAGGCCGACGAUGGUGAGCGGAAAUCGAACAAGAAGAAGCGUAAGGGCGGCGCCGACACCCUGGCCCCCCAUGGCGGGAACACAGAACGUACUUCCCCCCUCCGAGAUUCUACUGGCAAGUCUAGGAAAUUGUCUCGCGACAACGACUCAGCCAGUUCUUCCCUUUCACCGGUUGCCCCCCGAACUCCGAGCAAUAUGGAUGCGGAUGACAAGGCCAAAGCGGAAGCGAACGACGACGACGACGAGUCCAGCUCAGACGACGGUCGACCACCGCCCAAGGCGCGCCCCCAGGCGAACACGUUCGGUGAUGACCCCUCAACAUUCCCCGAUCCGACCGUGUACGAAAUUCUACCCGUCCAGCCGGGCAUGACCCAGGACGAAAUCAAAGAAAUUUACUCUGUGGGAGGAUAUCCGAAGAGUGACUUGGCCGACCUCAUUGCCGGCGACCCGCCAGAUAAGGACUUCAGCAGCGCGAAGCCCAGCAACCAAAUCAAUUUCAGCACGUUCAGCACCUACAUCGAACCCUACUUUCGCCCUUUUGCCGAGGAGGACCUUGCAUUUUUGCGUGAGCGCGGCGAUCGCGUGACACCUUUUGUGAUGCCAAAACGAGGGAAAAGACACUACAAGGAUAUCUGGGCAGAAGAGGAUGGAGAUAUGCAGAUUGACUCGUCGCCGCCGGGGAAGCUGCCGCCGAAUCAGGCUCGUGGGAAUAUUGAGAGUAUGGAUGAUGAGGUGGCCGAGACCGACAAACUCUCCGUCGGGCCCCUCCUCGCGCGGCUUCUUCAGGCCAUGCGCCCUGAACACCGCGCGCCAGCAGCCGAAGACCGAGUGGGUGGUGCGAACGGUGUCAAUGGCGAUGGAGACGGUAUGAAUGGCGUCGCAACAUUCGACUUCAGCUUUGGCGACAACGCACCGCCGAGUCAGACCAACGGCAUCAACGGGAUCAACGGCACCUCUCAGUCCGCUAACCCUGAUCAACCCCAGUCCCUCCCAUCCGCGACCUACAUGCCCGAAUCCAACACCGAGGCCUGGAAAAAGGCCACCCACCCCAAACUAGAUUACAACCAGGUCGAUGAGCGUCUCAAACAAGAGCUCCGUCACAUAGGUUUCCUCCCGCUCCCCCCGCACCAAGAUUCAUCCAACAACACCAACGGCACCUCUGGCUCGGGCGCCAACAACAACUCCUCCGGCGCCAAUGGCACCAACACCAACGGAGCCGCCGCUCCCGACCCGGCCACCGCAGCCGAGUACGACGGUCACUACGACGACGAAGUAGCCGCGCGCAUGCGCCUCCUCCAGGCCCGCCUACGCGAACAAGUCCUUCUCAACGGCGCGCGCAAGUCCCGCCUAACCGACCUCGUAAAGGAGCGUAUGGCAUUCCAGGAGUACCAGACCAUCCUCGAAGAUCUCGACUCCCAGGUCCAAGCCGCCUACCUUAAGCGGACGCGCACCAUGGGCAAGAAACCGAAGAAGGCCCGUCCCGGCCAAUCCGCAGCUGCAGCGGCCGCGGCGGCUGCCGCCGCAGGCCCCGCCGGCAUGGCGCGACCUGGUAUCGGCGACCUGACACGGACGCUGAUGGAGCGCCGCCGGCGGUGGAUUGAGAGCAUCGGGACGGUGUUUGACGAUGAGGGGCUGGCGAAGGUGCCUCGCGCGGCCGAUGGCGAUACAACCAUCUUUAAACCGGGCGAGAUGCUGGGGUUGAUGAAACGGGAACGGGAAGCUUGGGACGAGGAGGUUGAGGAGGAAUAG